AUGGCCAGCAGUAAUGUUAGUGAUUGCACAGAGGAGCAGGUUGUGGAAGAUUCGGUGGACUCUGAUGCAACAACAUCACCACUCAGGACAAACAGACAUCACUUCUUGGGGAGAGAGUUUCCCAGCCAGACUUCUGCAGGACAGACUGAGCCUGUAAAAGGCAUGGAGAACAGCCGAGAGGAACCGAUGUUCAGCAGUUCUGAGGAGGACGACUCACAACAAUCACAGCUUCUCCUGCCACAGAGUCUGCAGAUGUCACCACACCUGGGUCACCUGAAUCCUGCAGAUUCACCUGUCUUCCCACGACACCUGCAACACCUGAAGAAGCCGCCAGGUGUCUGUCCUCCACACCUGGGUCACCUGAAGCAACCAGGUGAGAACUCACCUGUGUUCCCUCCACCUGCCAAGAUCAGGAAACUUGCAGGUGAGACAAGAACAGAAGGAGAACCUAGUGACACAGUAACAAAAGUGGAAACUGUGGCAAAUGUUGACAAUGACUCAGAUGUAACAAAUCUGUCUGACAACGUAGAAAACCAACUUGAACAUGACCUUGGAGACGCCACCUGUGACCUUGCUGGCAAAGAACAAGAUGGCGGAGAAGGGAUGGAAGGUUGCCAUGGAGACCAGAGCAGCAAAUGCUCACGGGGAAAAACAGCUGCAGUUCAUGACUCAGCAGAUAGGAGCGCUGCUGCAACAGAGGGUAUUGAGGAGACCAGACUGUCAGAGGAAGCAAAGAUGCAUGGAGAAAGAGACUUGGAGAAGGAAAGAAUAACCGAAGAAAAUGGAAGAAAGAGAAGCAAGACUUGUGUUGAGGAGGGGAAGAAAGUUGAGUCAAUUCAAAAAGUCUCAGAAGGAAGUGUUAUGAAGGUCAACAAAGUCUCAAGAAUUCCAGAUGUCUUAGAAGAAAAUGUUGAGAAGGAUAAGGAAGCCACGAAAAUUCCAGAUAUCUCAAAAGAAAGUAUUGAGAAGAGCAAGGAAGGUACCAGAAGUCCAGACAUCUCAGAAGAAAGUGUUGAGAUGGGCAAGGAAGGUAUGACGAGAACAACAGACUUCUCAGAUGGAAAUGUCGAGAAGUGUAAGGAAGCCAGGAGAACCCAAGACAUUUCCCAGCAUGAGGAGGAGAUGCAGCUUCUGGGGAAGUUGAAGGGGAGACAGGAGAAACUGAACCCACUUCUCAGCACCACAGACAGGGCUGCAGGACAGAAAGUGCGUCGUGAGCUGUCCUGUAUCCAGACACUGAUCGGGACUCUGAUCCAGGCACACCAGAGGCAGCGAAAGGCUAUCAGUGCACUCAGGGACUCCGAACAGAUGCAGCAACAGAUGCAGCUUUUUGUCCAGCGCCACAAGCGUCUAGUGCAGAUCUUCAGCGUCCAGAAAACUGCCACAGCAAAGUUCAAGGGUCAAAUGAAGGUCACCACAACACAGUCCAAGGUCACAGGCAACAGUAGUAGAGGGAACAUAGCCGACCAAUCAGAGCCUGCGACACAAACAUCAUCAGACAGAAAUGAAAUGGAGAUGCCGAUUGGAAGAAAGUAUAUUGGCGGUAAAAAAGGCAAGAAAAGUGCUGCCUCAACUUCAAGCACAAAAUCAUGGUCAUCUGAUAGUUCAGGUGUCAAAUUUCAACGAGCUGAACCAAGUGAAAUAGAAACACCACCAUUGCGUCGUCCUGCAGCUCAAAAGCCCCCUCUGUCAACAUCCACUAGAACUGCAGAAGCACCUUUGAGCUCAAAGGUGAGUGAGGCAAGCACAACUGCAUCAUUGCGUCAUCCUGCAGCUCAAAAGCCCCCUCUGUCAACUUCCAACAGAACUGCAGAAGCACCUUUGAGAGAGGCAAGCACAACUGCAGUCCUUCAGACGCUGGAUGGCAGUUCGAUGCUCAGAGCUGUCAUGAAAACUGGGUCUCUGCAGAUGGGACAAAUUGUUGACGUUGUCUCCAAGGAUGGACAGGAAUCGGUGCGGUACAGGGUAGUCGGGAUGGAGAGUUUGGACACACCAGCUUCUGCCAACAACCAAGCUGCUCCAAAUAUCCAACAUGGUGUUGAGAAUGUAGCAAAGAGCACUACUACAGCGGUGUCUAAUGUAGGACACACUCCUGCUACAAGUUUGUCACCUGCAAGUAGCAAACUUGCACCAGCUGCUACCAACAAUGCUGCUCUAAACAUCCAACAUCACAGUGAAAAUGUAGCAAAGAGUACCGCUACAAUAGUGUCUAAUGUUGCUGCUACAACUUUGUCACCUACAAGUAGCAAACUAGCUCAGCAAGCAAAUGCUACAACUGAUAGCUCUCAGGCACUUCUAAAGGCUCGGGCUUGGAAACCCCCAUUCAGACCCUCCAAUGCUGCUUCUUCAGGAGCUAUUCUGUCUGAGGAGAAGACUCAAGACAUCUCAGAAGUGACGGAGACAAAUGCAAGAAAAACUCAGGAAGAAAAGCUGAAAAAUCUCAAAGGAAAAACUUCUGAAGUUUCUGUACAAAGCAGAGCUGAGGUUUUGUGGCAGAAGAUUGUACCGAAACAGCAGCUGGUUACCUCUGCAAAAACUGUGGUCUCUGCAGCAUUGAAGGACUGCCUGGUUGGAAGUAAGGGACUGUCCACUACUGGUGUGGCAGUAGGACAGCUACAGGGACUGUCCACUAGUGGUAGGGCAGGAGGACGGCUACAGGGACUAUCCGCUACUGGUGGGCAGUUUACUCAGGGACUGUCCACAAGUGUUAUGGUGGGAGGACAGUACACUCAGGGACUGUCCACUACUGCUAUGGCAGGAGGACAACUCCAGGGACUGUCCACUACUGUUGGAGGAGGAGGACAGCUACAGGGACUAUCCACUACUGGUGUGGCAGGAGGAGGAGGACAGCCAACUCAGGGACUAUCCACUACUGGUGUGGUGGAAGGACUGCCCCAGACCCAAGGCUCAGAGCUUCCCACAGUGUCAGAACUGCUCAUGACUAAGCUGGUCCAUCCUGGCAGAGAUGUGCUGUCCUGUAGGGGAAAAGCUGGGCUGCAGUUUGCCAGUCUGUCACCAGAGGGCGCUGUGCAGACCCAGGGCGGCCUGACCUUCUCCUCCGUGACCCAGUGGCACCGGGCUGUGUGGGGUCAUAGGUCGGCUCAGAAACGGACCAUGGUGUACCGACAGGUGUGUUACAAGGGCACUCCACUGGUAGAAUUCUCAGGUGUGGCACCUGCAACUAUCCAACCUGCACACCUGCAGCCCACCCAGGGAACAGUAAUCACAGGUGUAACAUCUGCAGGAGAGACCACCUCACCUGCACCAACACACCUGUCAUCCAUCAGGAACACCUACAUAUACGUAGAAGAUGUUGAGAUGAUGGAGGAACAACAGCCGCUCUCACAGUCACAACAGCAGCAAGCAAAUGUUUCCCUCGCAAGUUCUGGCAGUGUAACUCCAGGUAAAACACAAGACGUCUUGGAAGACCUGAGGUUUCUCAGACCUGCCAGCAUCCUCCUUAUCACCGACGAGGAGUUUUUCAUCUCCAGGCUGCGUCUUCCCCGCAACUUCUGGGACUCCGCUGAGGUAAAGUUGAACCAGUUUUUGGAGGCGGCUCUUAACUUUGAAUAAGCCACAACCUUAAAUUUCAGUUAAGGCCACACCGACUUAGUUUUAUGGAUGAUAUCUACGCGCGCAUUG